AUGGAUAACAAUACCAGUUUCGCGGCCAGCCCAUCAGCCACGAGUGAAGCGAUUGAUCAGUCAACGGUUUCUGACCUCACUCCUAUCGCUAUAGCAGCUGGAGGGAAAGAGAUCACAGGAAUAGAGAUCUUUCAAAGGACCGCAGACAACACCACGGCAGCCAGGGUGAAUGAGCUCGUUUCAGAAAUGAACGCAAACAAACCUACCGGAGGCAUCGACAUGGCAUAUGGAAAUGAGGACACUCAGCGUCUCCGCUUUUGGAAGGCUAACUCAUUCAAGGCUUCAAUUGUCGUCUUCGUUCAUGGCGGCAGUUGGCGAUCGGGGACAUAUUUGGACUCUAUUGGUUCGGUCAAGGUUGAUCAUUUGACCAGCAAGGGCUAUGCCUUCGCCACCGUCAACUAUACACUCAUCCCCUCCGUGACUGUGGAGGAGCAGGUGCAGGAGGUGGCAAAUUCUCUGGACUAUCUGGUCAAGAACGCGGCUAGGCCAUUUGCAAGAGAGUGGUGCCAGUUUCCAUACCCACCAGAAAGGGAUCUUGAGUACAGUUUACCUUGUUUACAGCGAGCCUACUGGAAGGAGAUAUAUGUAUAG